AAGGUCAUGAUGCCACCAAAGCCUCCAAAGGGCAUGCGCAAGGAUUUUGAUGCGAAAUGCUCAACAGAAACGGAAGGCGCUGGUGUAGUGGACAGUUCCCCUAUGCGUGAUUUCGCAUCAGGCAAAUUGCAACUUUUGCCAAUUGUAGCGCUAACUUAACGUUACAGGGGAAUGACGGAAAAGCAAGCAAUGUGGUUGGGACUGGAGGGACCUCACAGAAAGAAUCCACUGAAGUCUAAAGAUAAAUCUUAAAACACUAUCAAAACACUGCUGUCUCCAAGCAAUUGCCCAUUCGAAGCCUGCUUGAACAAGAACGUCUUUGUCUGCAGAGAAAGCAAAGCAGAAAGUGGCCAGGGAUUUUUGCCACUUGCCCUGAACACCAUUCUCUGUCACGGGGAAAUGUCCAGUUUCAGCCAAGAACCCAGAGGGGAUGAAUCCGAACUGCGCCUGAUCCUGGUUGGCAAGACCGGCGGUGGGAAGAGCGCGACGGGGAACACGAUCCUCGGCCGGAGGGAGUUUGAGUCCGUCCUGGCACCAAGGACCACCACCUUGAGGUCCCAAAAAGGGAAAAGAAGGUGGAAGGACCAGGACGUUUCUGUGAUCGACACGCCAGCCAUUUUUGAUGGCGAUGUCUCCAGGGAGAUCUUGGUCCCUGAGAUCAGGCGCUGCGUUGCGCUCUCCAGUCCUGGCCCUCAUGCCUUGGUCUUUGUCACCCAAGUCGGACGCUUCACCGCAGAAGACAAAGCGGCGGCCAAACAAGUCCUGGCUGUGUUUGGGGAGGAGGCUUCUGGGUACAUGGUGGUUCUCUUCACCCGCAAAGAGGAUUUAGCCGGGGGUCCCUUGGAGGACUACGUCUGGGGCUCAGACAAUGAGGGUCUCCAGGGGCUGAUUCGGAAGUGCGGGGGGCGCUUCCUUGCCUUCAGUAACAAGGCAGAUGGGAUGGAAAGGGAGAGGCAGGUCUCUGAGCUGAUGGAAAUUGUCCAGGGAAUACUCCAGGAGAAUCAGGGGAGGCAUUACUCCAAUGAGCUCUACUUGGAGCAUGACUUAACGGAUGGAAAGAUCCAGUCUUUCAUGGCAGAGAAUGGAGGAGGCAGGAGAAAGACAGGAGGAGGCUGGGAUUGGAAGAUAAAGUGGCUGAUAGUGCUGCUUGUUGUUUUUACUUUUCCCUUUUUGUUUCCUUUUCUUGUUUUGUUGAUCUUAAUAAGAGUCAUCUUCUGGUUACGGAAACGCAUGUGGACCAGACCACUGUCAAAAUAUAGAAAUCCUUCAUGCAGAACCCAGUCUGCAAACGCAUUGUGGCUUCCGAACAAUGAAAAUAAUGUAUCAUAUAUGACUUGAGAAAUACAGUCAAAUUUACAAAACUUAUCUUUAAAUGUACAAAAGCACUAUACAGUAAAACAAAGCCUACCUUUAAA